GAUUGAAAGUAAACCGUCCAUCAGUAUCACCUAGAACGUUGAAAACGACGCGCGUUCACCGGUCAUGAUAAAUCGUAACGCGUCGACGGACUUCUGCUAGCCACUUUGUGAACUGGUUACGCCUAAUUUACGCUUUCCGCGCGGCUGCUAAUCUGACACACUGAACCAUUUAGGGGCCCGAGCAUAGUUUACAAGUUUUAGGGGUGUGAGUGUGCAGUGGUGGACGAUUUUCCGGUAAAUAAGGUGUUAAUUUGGGUGUAACGUAUAAUUAUCAAUAACAUCGAACUUGUAAUGUUUUUGUUUUUGUUCAGAAAAGUGUGAGAAGUGAUCGUUAAUGAGUGGCUGCGGUUUGAACCAUUAUCGUGUCUUACGCAGCAGCCCACGUCUUACGCUGCUUGGUUAGUAUCGUCUGAAUACCAGCGGAUAGAGCACAAAGCAUGAACCAGAAACCACCAGCUGAACCAACAAACCCCCGGCUUCCGGAGUAUGUCGAACAGGCGGUUGCCAAGGCAGCACAGGAGCUUGGAUUCACUGCCGAGCAGUUUGCGGUAUCCUUCGAGGCCGGAUCCAACUGCGAUGGGUUAAUCGGUGAAAUCUAUCAAGCAAUCGUGACGGAAGGUGACCGCGAAGUGGCUCUAUUCUGCAAGAUUCCUCCUCUCGAUCCGGCACGACGCGAGCAGUUCAACUCGAUGGGACUUUUCGAGCGGGAAAUGAAACUGUACUCCACUGUACUGCCGGCGAUGCUGGAGUUUCAGCGGGAAAAGGGCGUUGCAGAGGAGGACGGUUUCUUCAGUGUUGCUAAGUGUUAUUCCACCUAUCUGGAUAUGCCAACGGAGAAUGCGUUAGUACUAAUGGAGAACCUUCGAACCCGGAAUCUUCGCACGUGGAAUAAAUUGAUGCCGAUCGAUUAUGAUCACGCCCGUUUGCUGAUGAUUUCUCUGGGACGCUUCCACGGAGUAUCGUUAGCUUUGAAGGAUCAGCGGCCUGAGCUGUUUGAACAGUUUAAACUUCCUGAUGUUAUGCUUUCGGCAGUUAAGGAAAACCCACAGAUGGUUGCAAUGUUCGAAGCUGCACUGGAUAAUGCUACUUCUUUGCUAGAUACUCAAGAGAUAGAGGCGAGAACAAAAAUGGACAAACUGAAAAAGAACUACAUGUCCGUAGUGGAAUCCUGUCUCGAUGGGACACAGGCGGAACCGUAUACCGUACUGAACCACGGAGAUUGUUGGGUUAAUAACAUCCUGUAUGGAUAUAAGGGUGACUCUCCUAAUGAAUUGGUUCUGAUUGACUGGCAAUUGUCCCGCUACGUGUCACCAGCCCUAGAUGUGUUAUACUUUCUAUUUUGCUGCAGCGAUCAACCCUUCCGUGAGAAGCAUUUCAGUGAAAUGUUACGCAUCUAUCACACAUCGUUGACGAUAUUACUCGAGCGGCUCGGCUGCGAUGCCACCCAGUUGUUUCCCUUCACUGCGCUCGAGGAGCAGCUGGCGCGGUUCGGAAAGUUUAUCGUGAUCAUGGGUGCAUUUGAUAUACCGAUCUUGUGCACCGAUCCGGCCGAUAUGCCCGACCUGGGCGGGGACAUAUCGGAAGCAUUCGCGACCUCCCCGGCAGCGCAACGAAGAUACGCCAGCCGAAUGUUGGGAUUGAUUCACGACGCGAUACAGUACGGUUAUCUCUAGAUAAUGGGCAAUCGGAAUAAAGUUUGUUGAGUAAAAAGCUUCGGGGGUUUUAUUUUUUUUGUCCGAUGCUGAUAAAGCAGCGGUGGUUUCUCGACCUGUUUAGUAAUCAAGGCUUUGAUAAUUGAUCUGUGCAAUUGAGCUCUUGGUUUCAAUAUCAUUCAAAAUAAUGUGGCGUGAGCAUUUCUCAAGGUGUGUUUCGAUGUGAAUCUAGUCGUAAUACAAACGCAUAUUGCAUAUGAUAAUGUUCUAAAAAUGCUUUGUGAAAUUUACUGUAAUAAAUUUAAUAUCUUAAUAUCUUAUAA